AUGCAGAGGGCGCCCGCAGAUGUUUCCAGGCGAUCUCCCACAGCCCGGAUGGCAGCAGGUGCGGAUGGGAGAGCCGAUGGGCGGCGCCGGAGCCCCGGCCCGCGCGGCCGCACCAGGCCCCCGCGGACGUCAGCCGCCACGAGGGGCGGAAAUAUCACCUGGGUUCCGACUCCCCGGGGACAGGGUACUACCCGGGUCCUCCGCGGCACUCCGUGACCCGCCGCCGCCCGGAUGGCAGCGGAUCUAAAAGCACGGCACCGGAGCUCCGGAUUAUGCGGCCGCUCCGGUCGCCAUCUUGGACACGCCCCACGUUUCUUGUAUUUUAUUGGUAAUUCAUCUUCUGCAACAAGGAAACAUUGGAAUA